AACCCUUCUCCCAGGUGGAAUCAUAUAUGUAAACCCUAUAGUUGCUGCCUUUCUUCUCGCGGCUCUUCACGGCAGGGAGGUUUUCUAACGCCGCCUCUUAUCGUCUCAAUUUGCAGGUAAGUAAUGGCAGUUCCUAAGCUUGAUAAGAAGAUCGUCAAGAAGCGGGUCAAGAAGUUCAAGAGACCCCACAGUGACUGGAAGAUAUGUGUCAAGGAAAACUGGCGCAGACCAAAGGGUAUCGAUUCCCGUGUGAGGAGAAAGUUCAAAGGUGUAACUCUUAUGCCCAACAUUGGAUACGGCUCAGACAAGAAGACCCGUCACUAUCUCCCAAAUGGUUUCAAGAAGUUUGUGGUUCACAACGCCAAGGAGUUGGAAGUUCUCAUGAUGCACAACAGGACAUACUGUGCUGAGAUUGCACACAAUGUAUCUACCCGCAAAAGGAAGGAGAUAGUCGAACGUGCAGCACAAUUGGACGUUGUUGUGACCAACAAAUUAGCAAGGUUGCGCAGCCAGGAGGACGAGUAAGCUUAUAUUCACAUAAUGUCAUGAGUUCAAGACUUGAUAUUGUUAUGAUCUCAAAUCCUAAUUUUCUAGUUUUUCUCUUAAUAUUGUAUGCCUUUGGUGUUGCUACAAAGACUUCCAAACAAUUUUGUGAAGGAGAUCAGUACUUUUACCCUUCUACUUUAUGUUUAUGUGCACAAUGCUUGUCCUUCUUG